AUGGCGGAGGACCCUGGGCCUGAUGCAGAGACGAUUCAGGUGCUGCGGGACAUGGCCAACCGCCUGCGCAUCAGGUCUAUCAGGGCCACAUGCUCCUCCAGCACCAACCAUCCCACAACCAGCGGCAGCGCUGCUGAGAUCAUGUCUGUGUUGUUCUUCUACACUAUGAGGUACAAACAGUCAGAACCAGAGAACCCGGACAACGACCGUUUCAUCCUGUCCAAGAGACUGUCGAACGUAGAGGUGUUAUCGGGCUGGCUGGAGCAGGGCCUAGGUGCUGCGUGUGGGAUGGCUUAUACUGGCAAGUACUUUGACAAGGCCAGCUACCGGGUGUACUGCCUGCUGGGAGACAGCGAGUGCUCAGAAGGCUCUGUCUGGGAGGCCUUGGCCUUUGCUUCCCACUACAACCUGGACAACCUUGUGGCCAUCUUCGACGUGAACCGCUUGGGGCCAAGCAGCGCCCUGCCCCUCGAGCAAUGCAUAACCAUCUACCAGAAGCGCUGCGAGGCCUUUGGGUGGAAUACUUUUAUGGUGGAUGGUCAUAACGUGGAGGCGCUGUGCCAGGCAUUUGAGCUAGCAACUCAAGUGAAGAACAAGCCCACAGCUGUGGUGGCCAGGACCUUCAAGAGCCGAGGGAUUCCGACUGUUGAGGGUGCUGAAAAUUGGCAUGGAAAGCCAAUGCCAAAAGAGCGAGUCGAUGCAAUUAUUAAACUGAUUGAGAGCCAGAUAGAGACCAACAGUGAGCUCGUGCCAAAGCCCCCUGUGGAAGACUCGCCUCUCAUCAACAUCAUGGAGGUAAAACUGACUGUACCACCUAACUACAGAGUCGGAGACAAGGUGGCUACUCGGAAUGCAUAUGGUCUGGCUCUGGCUAAACUGGGCCACGAAAAUGAGAGAGUCAUCGUCCUCGAUGGUGACACCAAGAACUCCACCUUCUCAGUGACGUUCCAGAAGGAGCACCCCGAGCGGUUCAUCGAGUGUUUCAUUGCCGAGCAGAACAUGGUUAGCGUGGCCCUGGGCUGUGCUACACGUGGGCGAACCAUUCCUUUUGCUAGUACUUUUGCUGCGUUUUGGACUCGAGCAUUUGAUCAGAUCCGGAUGGGAGCCAUCUCUCAAACGAACGUCAACCUUGUUGGCUCUCACUGCGGAGUGUCCGUAGGUGAGGAUGGCCCCUCACAGAUGGCUCUGGAGGAUCUGGCCAUGUUUCGCGUCAUUCCCGAUUGCACAAUUUUCUAUCCAAGCGAUGCUGUCUCCACAGAGCAUGCUGUUUAUCUGGCCGCCAACAUCAAGGGCUUGUGCUUCAUCCGGACCACCCGGCCAGAAACCACUGUGAUUUAUGGCCCGGAAGAGCUCUUUGAGGUGGGACAGGCCAAGGUCAUCCGCUACAGUAACAAUGACAAGGUCACGGUGAUUGGAGCUGGGGUGACUCUGCAUGAAGCCUUGGCUGCUGCCGAUGAGCUUUUCCAACAAGGUAUUCUUAUCCGUGUCAUCGACCUGUUCACCAUUAAACCCCUGGAUAUUGCCACCAUCAUUUCCUGUGCCCACGUCACCAAUGGCCACAUAAUUACUGUGGAGGACCACUACCCAGAAGGUGGCAUUGGGGAAGCCGUCUCUGCAGCUGUUGCCAUGGAGCCUGGCAUCGUCGUCCAUCAGUUGGCAGUAUCAGGAGUGCCGCAAAGUGGGCAGGCCAGCCAACUGCUGGAUAUGUUCGGAAUCAGCGCCAGGCACAUCGUAGAGACCGUGAAGGGCAUCGUCAUGACCGAGAAAAACUGA